AUGGCUACGCUGAUCUUUAUCAUCGUUUUGUUCGCAGUCUCCACAGUUUGUCUUCUGGCCCAAGACACACCAGGAAGUCUUCCGUUCUUCGUCAUGGAGCCGCGCGACACGACCGUGCAGAUCGGAAGCACUGCGCGACUGGAGUGCCAGGUCUCGUCGCUGGCUGACAAUCAGGCUGUCGCCUGGAUGAAGGAGGCUACCUUCCAGACGAGCGGCCGCUCACUACUCACCGCAGACCCGGAUAAACCGUCCCGGAUCACGGUGGAGGGCAGCAAGUCAGACCCGAACGUGCACUUCAACCUCUUCAUUCACAACGUGCGGCCAGAAGAUGCGGGGGUUUACCACUGCUACGUGGUGGAGUUCUGGGAGCUGAAUGAGAGGCGGUGGUCCAGGUCUCGCCCGGCAACGCUGACCGUCGUCGACGUCUUGAGACCGUCAGUGCGCUGUGUCCAGCCCACGGUCAGGCAGCUAGCGGAUGCAACGACUCAGAGCCAAACGGCCCCAAUCGGAUGCACAGUGCUCAACAACAAACCAGGUAUGACCAUAAAAUUGCAAGGUUUUCAUGGGACUGUUUUAUUUGAGAAUAAGACGGACAGCACCGAGCCAUACAAUCUGAGGCACCGGAUGGACGUUGCGGCUUUGCGGACUGGGAGAGUAACGUGCUUGAUUGAGUUUAGGGACGAGACGAGCCAAAGCGGAGAGGCCAGCCGUAGUUGCUCGAUGGGACCCUUCAUAGAGAUACCACCUGCCAGGAACAGGACCAGAAUCACGGUUCACCUGGUCCCAGGAGGCGAUGCUCACCUUACAUGUCCCUUGAACAAGGGGCAUAGGCUUCACGGCGCCCUGCUGGCGAAACCUAGCUGGAGCCUGGACCCCCCACUACCAGUUUCCCGGUACUCUCUCAGCCCUGAUGGGAUUAGGAUUGUCCUCACACGGGUGACAACCCAGGACGAAGGGUUAGUGGUUUCCUGCAAGGUGCCUUCUCCCGGAGGUGGGUACCGCGUAGUGGACAUGGAGGUCCGAGUUAGGAGCCCAGAAGCCGGCGGGAGCAGACCUGAUGUUCGCGGACACCAAGUCCACGAGUCAGGUGGGAGUCUCGACCGCGUGGCACCGAAGCCCGUAAUCGGCCAGGCAGCAUGGAGUGUGUUGAGAGGCCGGGUCAGCAGCGGAAGGCUUAAGCCAGCCCCGCCGUCAAUGUGGCCGGGGCCGUCUCCUGACACCGUGUACCACGCCCCAUCUGUUGGGAUUCCAUCAAAGGCCACGCUGUCACCGACAGUGUCGGUAUCUAAGAAUACCAAACAGGAUGCUGAUAACGGAACAUCCACACAUUCGCCCGCCACAAAUUCCUCGUCUGGAGGUACAGUGACCCCGGUAACAGACCCAGCGCCCUUGACCCUGAGCCCGUUGAUCAUCGUUGUCCUAUGCGAGGCGGGAAUGAGCCUGGUCAUUCUGGUCAUCGCAUUUGCCGUGCUGUGCCAGUGUUGUUGCCGGAAUCAGACCAAGGCCAAAGUCCGAGGCGACAAAGAUUUGACCCUGGCCGGAGCGUCUUUUGGCAAGCAGUCAACCACCCCCACGCUGCUCACCUACAAGUCCACCUCAGGCUCCCCCAAUCCGAACCUGUCGCACAAGAAGCUGCCGCCGACCCCCCCGGACCCAAUCUACGCCCGGCCGGAGAGCCUUGCCAGCGGGAAGACGGUACUGAGAGAGUCGGAUCUUCCGCCAACCGGCAGCUGGGUGUUCUCGUCCGUAAACUCCGAGAAUGGUGAGGCUGAAACGAACGCCAGGGACUCUGGGAACGAAAUUUAUGUCACCAUGGUGUAG